AGUCAUAGGCGACGCCACCAUUGAACGUGUUUUGGGACUUUCAGGUGGCGGCUACUCGGUGGUAUCCGACAUGGUUCCUGCUCAGUUUUGGACCGAGCUCUCUCCCAACACUGUGUGGGAUUCUCAGGGCAUGCCCAACAGCCUCAUCGAGCACGGCGCGAUUGUCGUUAUGCACAAGUUUUUGUGCUAUGGCCUCUUCGAGAAGAAAGAGGCUGAUAAGGUCACGCAGAUCGACCUUUUCGUGCUCUGGGCCAUGUUUGGGCGCACGAAUCUGGAUAUGCAGGAGAUCCUCAAGAUCGAGUUCCGGGCAGUGCUCCGGAAUAAGCGCGCGGCUGCAUGUUUCGGACACGUGGUGACAGCUUUCGCUCUACAUCUCGGUAUCGAUCCGGCAGCGUCCGGCAGUCCACCAGUUCCGAUGCGGCGCAUUGACAC